AUGAGUAAUAUCAAAGCUCCUAUCUAUCUAUCUAUCUAUCUAUCUAUCUAUCUAUCUAUCUAUCUAUCUAUCUAUCUAUCUUUUUCACGCCUUCUGUUUGUAUCUAUCUAUCUAUCCAUCCCAGUCUGCAUUUCUAUCUAUCUAUCUAUCUAUCUAUCUAUCUAUCUAUCUAUCUAUCUAUCUAUCUAUCUAUCUUUUAAUGCCUUCUGUUUGUAUCUAUCUAUCUAUCCAUCCCAGUCUGCAUUUCUAUCUAUCUAUCUAUCUAUCUAUCUAUCUAUCUAUCUAUCUAUCUAUCUAUCUAUCUAUCUAUCACAGUCGGCAUUUCUAUAUGUCUAUCUUAACCGUCUGUUCAUAUCUAUCUAUCUAUUUAUCUAUCUAUUUAUCUAUCUAUCUCAUGCCUUCUGUUUCUAUCUAUCUAUCUAUCUAUCUAUCUAUCUAUCUAUCUAUCUAUUCCAGUCUGCAUUUCUAUAUAUCUAUCUUAAUCUGGUCAUAUCUAUCUAUCUAUCUAUCUAUCUAUCUAUCUAUCUAUCUCAUCUAUCUAUUUCAUCUAUCUAUCUUCUUCUAUCUAUCUAUCUAUCUAUCUAUCUAUCUAUCUAUCUAUCUAUCUAUCUAUUCCAGUCUGCAUUUCUAUAUAUCUAUCUUAAUCUGGUCAUAUUAUCUAUCUAUCUAUCUAUCUAUCUAUCUAUCUAUCUAUCUAUCUAUCUAUCUAUCACGCCUUCUGUUUCUAUCUAUCUAUCUAUCUAUCUAUCUAUCUAUCUAUCUAUCUAUCUAUUCCAGUCUGUAUUUCUAUAUAUCUAUCUUAGUCUGGUCAUAUCUAUCUAUCUCCUAAGUCCGUCUGUUCAUAUCUAUCUAUCUAUCUAUCUAUCUAUCUCAUGCCUUCUGUUUCUAUCUAUCUAUCUAUCUAUCUAUCUAUCUAUCUAUCUAUCUAUCUAUCUAUCCCAGUCUGCAUUUCUAUCUAUCUAUCUAUCUAUCUAUCUAUCUAUCUAUCUAUCUAUCUAUCUAUCUAUCUAUCUAUCUCAUGCCUUUUUAUCAUUUCUUAUCUAUCUAUCUAUCUAUCUAUCUAUCUAUCUAUCUAUCUAUCUAUCUAUCUAUUCCAGUCUGCAUUUCUAUAUAUCUAUCUUAAUCUGGUCAUAUCUAUCUAUCUAUCUAUCUAUCUAUCUAUCUAUCUAUCUAUCUAUCUAUCUAUCUAUCUAUCUCCUAAGUCCGUCUGUUCAUAUCUAUCUAUCUAUCUAUUUUGGGAUUCUUUCUCUUUCACACUCUUUCACUCCCUUUCUCUCUCACUCUCUCUCUCUCUCUGACCCUUUCAUUCUCCCUUUCUUUCUUACACUCUUUCUUUCUCUUACUCACUUACUCACUCACUCUCUCUUUUUCUCUCGCACUCUUUCUGUCUCUCUCACUCUCUUGCUAUCUGUCGAUAUACGAGGAUAUACUGAAAAUAUCUCGCUAUAUAAGAAUACCUACUAUGGUUUGAACCUUUCCAGCACCCCCCCUCUUAUCUCAAAGUUCCUUACUCUCUUCAAUUUCAUUUCUUUCUUUCUUUCUUUCUUUCUUUCUUUCUUUCUUUCUUUUACCUUUUUAGAAGUUCCUUACUCUCUUCAAUUUCAUUUCUUUCUUUCUUUCUUUCUUUCUUUCUUUCUUUCUUUGACGCUGAUGAUAUUUUAUCGGUCACAAUUUGUUUAUAUCUAUCUAUCUAUUCCAAUCUAUCACAUUGUUUAUAUCUAUCUAUCUAUCUAUCACAUUGUUCAUAUCUAUCUAUCUAUCUAUCUAUCUAUCUAUCUAUCUAUCUAUCUAUCUAUCUAUCUAUCUAUCACAUUGUUCAUAUCUAUCUAUCUAUCUAUCUAUCACAUUGUUCAUAUCUAUCUAUCUAUCUAUCUAUCUAUCUAUCUAUCUAUCUAUCUAUCUAUCUAUGGGAGGAGGCACAGUGGACCGCAAGAUGAUGAUCUAUCUAUCUAUCUAUUCCAAUCUAUCACAUUGUUCAUAUCUAUCUAUAUAUCUCUCACUCUAUCUAUCUAUCACAAGGCUUAUGUCAGAGGGUAUCCCCAGGCAGAUGUCUAUCUAUCUAUCUAUCUAUCUAUCUAUCUAUCUAUCUAUUAUCGGAGUCCUCCGUCUUUCUAUGCUUUGUUCUUUCUUUCUUUCUUUUUUCCGCCCUUUCAUUCUUUUUUUCUUUCUUUCUUUCUUUUCUUUCUUUCUUUCUUUCUUUCUUUCUUUCCUCCCUUUUAUUCUUUCUUUCUUUUUCUUUCUUUCUUUCUUUCUUUCCUCCCUUUUAUUCUUUCUUUCUUUUUCUUUCUUUCUUUCUUUCUUUUUUCCGCUCUUUCUUUCUUUCUUUGUUUCUUUGUUUCUUUGUUUCUUUCCUUUUAUUCUUUCUUUUUUCUUUCUUUCUUAAUUCUUUCUUUCUUUCUUUUUUCCGCCCUUUCUUUCUUUUUUUCCGGCCUUUCUUUCUUUCUUUCUUUCUUUCUUUCUUUCUUUCUUUCUUUCUUUCUUUCUUUCUUCUCCUCGCUAUCCAUGCAUUCUUUCUCUGAUUCCUUCCAACCUCCCCCUUCCUUCCUUCCUUCCUUCCUUCCUUCCUUCCUUCCUUCCUUCCUUCCUUCCUUCCUUCCUUCCUUCCUUUUGCUAAAUGUAAUUCACUCCUCUCUUAUCUGUUCCUCUUUUCGUACUUGA